AUGCCAGCAGCUUCAUCCGCCGCCAAGGAGCCUUCUCUGAAGAGCCUUCAGACUAAACUUCGUGCACAUCUGGAUCUGUUUAAAACAAUUGUUGCGUUUGUGGAUACGCUUGCUGAGGUUACUUCAAUUGAACGUAUCCAAGUGCGUUUAGCUAAACUAGACGAACUGUGGGACAAAGUGAAUGCUGCCUUGGUGGACAUUGAAACUCAUGGAGAAUACACUUUGACACCGGAGAAUACCCCGUCCCAGGUUCGCUUAGACUGUGGAGAAUCCUAUUACGAUGCGAAGGCAACAAUGCUGGAAAGAAUUAAGGAGUUAGAGCAGGAAACAACAAUAUCACACCAAUCUACGAGACUUCAUGAUUCUUCGAUGCAUCCGACUACGGAACACGUUAAGCUACCACAAAUCAAAUUACAACUUUUCGAUGGAAAUGUGGACGAGUGGCUUAGCUUCAGGGAUUUAUAUUUAUCUUUAAUCCAUACCAAAGCAGAUUUACCAGACAUCGAAAAGUUUCAUUAUCUAAAGGGAUGCUUAGCAGGAGAGGCAAAGAAACUCGUUGAUCCACUCGCAAUAACCAGUGCCAACUAUCCAAUUGCGUGGGAAUGUCUGAUGAAACGUUACAACAACAGCAAACUUUUAAAACGACGGCAGGUGAAUACGCUUCUGAAGUUGCCAAGCGUUUCAAGAGAAUCUGUAACGGAAUUGCAGUGUCUACUAGAGGGUUUCGAGCGAGUUGUACAAACACUAGAUCAAUUAGUGAAGGUCGAAGAAUACAAGGAUCUACUACUACUCGAGAUUCUGUGCAGCAGACUUGAUCCAACUACCCGACGUGCGUGGGAGGAAUUCUCAGCAGGCAAUGAGCAGGAUAAAAUUUCGGAUUUGAUGCAGUUCAUCCAGAAGAGGAUUUCGGUUCUAGGUUCCCUACCCAACAAAUUAUCCGAAGGUCGACCAGAAUACGUUAAAAGGCAAUAUGGAAUACGAACUAGCCACAACGUCACGCGCAUCUCUAAGGGUCGCUGUGUUGCGUGUUCAGACACCCAUCCCCUCUUCAUGUGCCAGACUUUCAGGAAGAUGCCGAUAGCGGAAAGGGAUAGAUUGGUUCGAACAAACUCACUUUGCAGAAAUUGCUUCCGAAAUGGACACAUGGCUUCGGAGUGA